GAGACGGACCAACGGCCGAAACAAAUCCGACUGAUAAGGAAUCUUGGCGGACCGAAUUUUAAACAAUCGUUGCAAUAUUUCGCUGCUUUAUGUUUUGCACUUGCAGCGCGUCUGUUGUUGACGUUCAUCGCACGGAUCAGCGGUCUUAGUCGUCGGAGGCGGUUCGUUGUAAACAAUAACAAUGGCCUCUGGUUCCCCGUCGUCCUCUCCGGACACUGCGACGGGCUCCGGUACGGAUCCAGCCCGGCCCGACACGGGGGAGCCUCUCGGCGGGGCCGGCUCGGACUCUGAUUCGGACUUGGGUUUGAGUAAGUUUGACUGCGGCGCCAUGGAGAUGGGGGACCAGAUAGAGGGGGACGAGCUGGAGCUGGAGUUUGAGUCCGCAGCCGACCGUGUGAAGGAUCUGAUCCAGACAGCCAGCAGGGACCAGCUGCUGUACCUGUAUGCCCGCUACAAGCAGAUCAAAGUGGGAAAGUGCAAUACAUCAAAGCCUGGCUUCUUUGAUUUUGAAGGACAGCGAAAAUGGCAAGCCUGGAAGCAGCUUGGAGACAUGGAGCCGGAGCAGGCAAUGCGAGAAUACAUUUCCCUUGUCAACGUGUUAGACCCUGAGGGCGCCACAAAGCAACGAGGAGCAGAAAGGAGAACGGGUUUCGGCGGAGCAGCAGUCAGCUCUCUAUACCAGGAAGAGACGAUAAGGGAAGAGGAUAAGAACAUCUUUGACUACUGCAGAGAAAAUAACAUCGAGCACAUCAGGAAUGCCAUCAGCUCUCAGAAAGUGGAUGUCAAUACCAAAGACGAAGAGGGCCGGGCUCUCCUGCACUGGGCCUGCGACAGAGGACACAAGGAGCUGGUAUCUGUGCUACUGCAGCACAAAGCAGACAUCAACAGUCAGGAUAAUGAAGGACAGACAGCACUACAUUAUGCGUCUGCCUGUGAGUUUGCUGACAUCGUAGAGCUCCUCCUCAACAGCGGCGCUGACCCAUCCAUCAAAGACAUGGAGGGCUCUCUACCCGAGGAGGUCACUGAAUCCAGCGCAAUUUCCUCACUCCUGCGGCAGUACACCGCUCCGAAAGGCUAGAUCGCCCCUUCAAUAGUACUAUGCAAGUCUUCUCUGGUCUCUACUCCACUCAUUUGUCCAGCAUUCCCAUUAUUCCUCCUUGACCCUAGGAGAGACUCUGUAGGCUCUGCGGUUUGGUGGCCAUGAAUGCAGAUACGUUGUUUUGUUGUUGUUUAGUUCUGAAGGUGAGUCUGAUAUCAGAUUUAGCUCUUUUGGAGUUCAUCUGUGAUCGCGCGUCCCAUUUGAUAAGAUAAUAAAAAAAAUAAUAAAGGGCACCGCAUUUGUUUUCAGUUCUUUGUAAAACUGUAAAUUGAUUGUACAGUAGAGCUUGAUGUAACAUGAUAGUUACUGCAAGACAGUAAAGACCUGUUGAAAAUAAUUUUUGCUGUACCAAGGAAACUGUUCCCAGAAUACCUCUUGUUAAACAAGCAUCCAUGUGGACUGUAUGACAAAUAAAUAAACUGGAUAACAUCCUGGCAACAUUUUACUAAAAAGACUUUUCCAUAAUUUUGAUGUGGCACAUCUGGAUGUAUCAGCUGUCACUUGGGGGG